AUGAUCAAGCGAAUGGCCGAUAAGAUUGGGCAAUUUGGCCAGUCUCAGAAGCAGUCUAGUCAACCAGGACUUGCGAACUUGCCUUACACUUCAAUGUCUCAUUCGAUAUCUGCCGCUGCAGACUAUCAUCGCGGCUCGAUAUCAACACAAGCGAACACGUUUCCACUACCGCGCGUGUCGAGGCCAAAAGCAUCUUACCGGCUCACCGACUUCAUAAUACAACGGACCCUUGGGACGGGCUCCUUUGGUAGAGUACAUUUAGUCAGGAGCAAACACAAUCUCCGUUUUUACGCCAUCAAAGUGUUGAACAAAGAGAAGAUUGUUCGGACGAAACAGGUCGAGCAUACCAACAACGAGAAGAUGAUGCUUGAAGCAGUUCAACAUCCCUUCAUCGUCAAUCUUUGGGGCGCGUUUCAGGACGCAUCCAACUUAUUCAUGGUAAUGGACUUCGUACCUGGGGGUGAACUUUUCACCCUGCUACGACGGUCGAAUCGCUUCCCGGAUCCCGUAGCCAAGUUUUACGCCGCAGAAGUCGCACUUGCUUUAAAUUACCUGCAUUCCCUCGACAUUAUAUAUCGUGACCUUAAGCCGGAGAACAUCCUUCUCAACCAUGACGGUCACAUUAAAAUAGCAGACUUUGGAUUCUCAAAGCACUGUUCAUCCGUGACGUGGACACUAUGUGGCACGCCUGAUUACCUUGCACCCGAAAUCAUAGGGCAACAACGGUACAACAAAAGUGUUGACUGGUACGCCCUAGGCGUGUUGAUCUUUGAGAUGCUCUCUGGACUUCCUCCUUAUCACCAACCCGAUCAUAACCCCGUUGUACUUUACGAAAAGAUCACUCGUGGUCCAGCCUUCAUUCGCUGGCCAUCAUUCCAUCAAAACGCUACGGACAUCAUUCAAAAAUUGAUGGAGGGGGAGCCCUCCAAACGAUACGGAAACUUGCGGCAUGGCGCAGGUGACGUCUUCGCACAUCCGUGGUUCCGUGAAGUCGACUGGGACAAGUUGCGGAACAGAGAGAUCACUGCUCCUUACCUGCCUAAAAUUGCAGGAGACGGAGAUGCAAGCGCCUUUGAACAAUACCCCGAGGACAACGCUGCCUCACUGUACGGACUUCCAGCUCAAGACACAUGGGGACAGGAUUUCCCCAAUUUCGAGUAUACCAGCCAUUAA